AUGUUUAUGAACCUGAGGAGACUCUCACUUUCGGUGAGACUUUACUCUGAAACCACUCAACUUUUAAACCCUACACCAGCAAACCAACCCUUAACUAAAACCCAGCUCAACUCCUUAGUCCUCGCCCAAUACUCCCAUGGCCACUUCUCUAAACUCCUCCAAAACGUCGUGGCUUUACCCUCUGUUCUCUUCACUGCCUCCCUCAACCUAAACAAACCCCACAAUGUCCCCAACUCCAACCACUUCUCAAUUCAAGACAUGAGUCGGGAGCUUAUCGAAAACCGCUUCGAUAUUCAGUCUUGUUGUGUCAAACUGAGCGGGAAAGGUGAGCUUUUGGUUUUGCCCAAUUUGAAAUUAAAAGUCUUGAUUGAAGCUAUUAGAAUUGUAUUAGAAAUUGUUUACGAUGAACGUUUUGUUACUUUUUCUUAUGGUGGUCGUGUUAAUAUUGGAAGACACACGGCAAUUAGAUACCUUAAAAACUCGGUAGAAAAUCCCAGUUGGUGGUUUGCUGUUUGGUUUAAUCGUCAAAAGUUUGAUAGACAUAAUGUAGAUAAGUUGUGUUUAAUUAUGGGUGAGAAAAUAAAGGAUGAAUUGUUGAUUGAUUUGAUAAAGAGGUUUUUUGAUUGGGAAAUAGUGAGUAUUGAACUUGGUGGGUGUUAUUUGGGCAGGGGGUUGCCUCAAGAAUGUGGAUUGUGUUCGAUUUUAAUUAAUAUUUACUUUGAUUGUUUAGAUAGAAAAUUGCAAGAAACACGUCUUCAAAUAAAUGAGAAGAAUCCCAAGUUUAACUUGAAUGAGCUUUGUUCUGGUUCCAGUGUUUAUUAUAAGCCAUUGAAGAUAUAUGCGGUUAGGUAUUUGGAUGAAAUAUUGGUAAUUACUUCAGGUUCAAAAAUGUUGACUAUGGAUUUGAAGAAUGUGGUUUUGAAAUUUCUAGAGGAGAAAUUAGAGUUGAAUGUUGAUAGAGUGAAAACUGCAAUUCAUAGUGCAGUGUCAGAGAAGAUUGAUUUUCUGGGAAUGGAACUGCAGGCUGUCCCGCCUUCAGUUUUGUGUCCCCCUAUGUCUGAAAAGGCAAUGAGAGCUAGGAAGAAGUACCUUAGGCAGAAGGAAGUCAGAGCUUUGGAGUUGAGAAAUGCUCGCGAAAGGAAUAGGAAGAAGUUGGGUUUGAAAGUGUUGCAUAAUGUUUUUAAGAAGCUGAAGCAGAGUAAUGGGUUCGAGUUUGAGUUUCACAUCGAGAAUGAAGUCAAAGAUAUCUUUAGAACUUGGGCAGAUGAAGUGGUUGAAGAAUUUUUGGGAUCCUUGGAAGACCAUUGGCAUUGGCAUCGAAUGCUUUCUAGAGGCAAUUUUCUUUCUUUGAGGCACAUAAGAAAUCAAUUGCCAGAAGGCCUUGUUGAUGCUUAUGACAAAUUUCAAGCGCAAGUUGACAAGCAUUUGACACCAGUCAAAGCCAGAAAGGCACUGGAGGAAGAAGAAAGGAGAGUAGAAGAGGAGGAGGAGAGAAAGUAUGUUGAGAGAACAGUGGAGGAUUUGAUGAGGCUUUGCAUGAAAGUCUCUGCACCUAUGGAACUUGUUAGGAAGGCUGUUAAAAUGGCUGGAUUCACCAACAAUAUGGGUCGUCCUAGACCAAUCAGUUUACUUACUGCUCUUGAAGACACUGAUAUUAUUAAGUGGUAUGCGGGUGUUGGGAGAAGAUGGCUUGAUUUUUUUUGCUGCUGUCACAACUUUAAGAUGGUGAAAACUGUUGUAACUUAUCACCUUAGGUUCUCUUGUAUUCUAACACUAGCAGAGAAGCAUGAAUCCACCAAACUUGAAGCAAUUAGACAUUACUCUAAAGAUUUGAAAGUCACUAAUAUGGAGGGGAUUGAAGAAGUGUACUUCCCCACAGAACGGGAGGUUAAGAUGAUGGGAGACAAGAACCUUUCAGAUCCGAAACCUGUCGAUGGGGCUUUAUUGCUGGCUUUGAUCAGGUUGGCCAUUGAUGAGUCAUCAUAUUCUUGUGCUGCUCAUUUUUGUGACAGUACUAAUACUAUCAUGUAUAGGGUGAGGUUACUACAGAACCGUGUAAACAUUAAUCCUUUGGAUGAAGAUAAGUGGGUUAAGGGUAUGGGAGUAAUUCAUAAAGCUCUGGAUAAAAGGUGUAUCCCUCUCUGUUCUGAUCACAUAAAUGAGUUAUUACUUGGGAAAAUUACCCUUCAGGAUAUUGAUUGUACUUCACCUGUUGAUGCGGCCUGAGUUUAAUUGCUUUCCUUCAAGUUUUGUAUGACCUGGUUGUGGUCUGAAGCCUGCUAACAAUUUGAAGCUGAAGUCGAAAUAUUGUUUAAACAUUGUUUUUUAUUUGAUUCAUAUAUAUACAAGGACAUAGGUUUGGCC